UCCCCCGCCGCCGUCCCCGCCGCCCUGCGCGUCCCCGCCGCCGCGCUCCCGCUUCCCCGCGACCCCUGAACUCCUGCGAGCCCGCUUGCCUGUCCCUUUCCUCUGUCGCCGCCACUGCCGGGCCAUGGCGACCUGCUUUCUGCUGCGGAGUUUCUGGGCCGCGCGUCUGGCGUUGCAGCGUCCCGGCCGCUGCCUCCGCCCGGCGUCCGCCGGAGCCCAGUGUCGCAGCUACGCUCGCGGCCCCGCCGGCCUCCCCGCCGACCUACUCCGCGGGGACAGCUUCGUGGGAGGCCGCUGGCUCCCGGCCCCCGGCACCUUCCCGGUGCAGGACCCGGCCAGCGGCGCCACGCUGGGCACCGUGGCCGACUGCGGGGUGCCCGAGGCCCGCGCCGCCGUGCGCGCCGCCCACGAUGCCUUCUGCAGCUGGAAAGGGGUCUCGGUCAAGGAGAGGAGUUCAUUGCUUCGUAAAUGGUAUGACUUAAUGAUGCAGAAUAAGGAUGACCUUGCCAAGAUCAUCACAGCCGAGAGUGGAAAGCCACUGAAAGAGGCCCAGGGAGAGAUUCUGUAUUCAGCCCUUUUCCUAGAAUGGUUCUCCGAGGAAGCUCGUCGUAUUUAUGGAGACAUCAUCUAUACCUCUGCCAAGGAUAAGCGGGGGCUGGUCCUCAAGCAGCCCGUUGGUGUGGCCGCAAUCAUCACACCGUGGAAUUUUCCUAGUGCCAUGAUCACCCGGAAAGUGGGGGCCGCCCUGGCAGCUGGCUGCACUGUGGUGGUGAAACCUGCCGAAGACACGCCCUACUCCGCCCUGGCCUUGGCGCAGCUUGCAAACCAGGCUGGAAUCCCUCCAGGGGUCUAUAACGUCAUUCCCUGCUCUAGAACCAAAGCCAAGGAAGUGGGGGAGGUGCUGUGCACCGAUCCACUGGUGUCCAAAAUUUCCUUCACUGGCUCAACAGCGACAGGAAAGAUCCUGCUGCACCAUGCGGCAAACACUGUGAAGCGUGUCUCCAUGGAGCUGGGCGGCCUCGCCCCAUUCAUCGUUUUUGACAGUGCCAAUGUGGACCAGGCUGUCGCGGGCGCAAUGGCAUCUAAGUUUAGGAAUGCUGGGCAGACUUGUGUUUGCGCAAACAGAUUCCUGGUGCAACGGGGUAUCUACGAUUCCUUUGUAAAGAAGUUUGCAGAAGCAAUGCAGAAAAGCCUGCGUGUGGGUAAUGGAUUCGAGGAAGGAACAACUCAAGGCCCAUUAAUUAAUGAGAAAGCAGUAGAAAAGGUAGAGAAGCACGUGAAUGACGCAGUGGCCAAAGGCGCCACCGUUGUGACAGGCGGGAAGCGACACCAGAGUGGGGGGAACUUCUUUGAGCCUACCCUGCUCAGCCACGCCACCACGGACAUGCUCUGCAUCACUGAAGAGACCUUUGGGCCCCUGGCACCGGUGGUCAAGUUUGACAAAGAAGAAGAGGCCAUUGCCAUCGCAAAUGCAGUCGAUGUUGGAUUAGCAGGGUACUUUUACUCUCAAGACCCAGCCCAGAUCUGGAGAGUGGCGGAGCAGCUGGAGGUGGGCAUGAUCGGCGUGAAUGAAGGACUGAUCUCUUCGGUGGAGUGUCCAUUUGGUGGGGUGAAGCAGUCUGGCCUUGGGCGAGAAGGGUCCAAAUAUGGCAUUGACGAGUAUCUUGAGGUCAAGUAUGUGUGUUAUGGAGGCUUAUAGGGUUCUUCACUUCUUCAUAAAAGAAUAAAACUACCUAGAUCUAUAGGGACAUGCCAUCCAUUUUUUAAAAUAAACAAGUAGGUUAUCAGAGUUAUGAAUUUUAAAAAACUCAGCCAGUCCUCAUCUUCUUAGACAUAAAUAUCAACCUUCCCCUUAUUUAUCUAGGGACCAAUGGAUGCCAUAUCCCUGUGGCUGUGGGGCCCAGGCAGUUCUGGGACCCCAGCACAACCCCACUGCCUCAGGAAGGUACAGUGUGCAUGCUCACAUGUUCCUGCCCCUCACAAAGGGUAGUCACUGUGGGCAGUGGCUCCCCAGUCCCCAUGGGACUGCCCAACUUGGGCCCAGAAUACGGGGAAGGAAAUGCUGGAGUGAUAGACAGUUGGAUGGGCACAGGUCACAUCCAGGCCAGGGCGUCUGUCAGCUUGGUGAUAAGCAGCUGCAUGUUCAGAGGGGUUGUGGCAAAGGCUUUGAUUUCCUAAGACUUCUUUGUAAACGGCACAGGAUUGCCUGUACUGUAUGGAGUAUGGGGGUGUUUCUCCUUGUUUCUGGUCAGCUUUCCUGUCUUUUUGUUCGUUCGUUUGUGGGGUUUUUUUCUUUUGUUUUUUUGAGACAAGGUUUCUUUGUA